UAAGGUUAGGAUAAGGCUCUCGGUAGCAUCUACUCCAAUACUACCGGCCAUCUUUAUCGUGACUGUAUUUAUCUAUGCGUAUUUUCCACAAUUAAGACAAAUUAAGUCAAUGUGACAGAAUAAAAAUGGUUACAAUUUAUUGCUGAUUUUUUAAGGAUGAUCCCGACCAAUGCAAGUAAUUGUUAAGGAGCCUCCAGAAUUUGACAUUAAGCCGGACCCACUAUACUAUGGCAAACUUGGUUCUUCAUUAGAAAUCUCAUGUACAGCUGUCACAUCCAGUGGUACUACCAUUAAUUGGCAAAGGAAAGAUGGCCAACCUUUUCCAAUACGGGAUCGGACACGUAUACUGGGAGGCAGGUUAAUAUUGAAGAACUUGCAUGAAUCUGAUUUUGAGUACGAAUGCGUGGCAUCUAACCAAGUGGGAACACUAGCGGCAAGGGUCAUUGUGGCAGCCCCGAAGCAAGCCAGCCCCCAAAAUUUGACGAUAGUGGAGUCCCCUGAAACUUUUUCAGUAAUUUUAAUGUGGGCCCCACCAGUAGAUAAGGCCGUCGCUGUAGCAUACUACCAAGUCCAAUAUAAAAGAUGCGGAGGUGAACCAGAAAACGCUAAAUAAUGAUGAAAUUAUUCCACCAGUAUCUUCAUACACCAUGAAAUCUCGAAGUUUCAAAGAUGGAGAAACUUAUAUGUUUCGCAUUGCUGCUUUCGAAACAAAUGGUCAAAGCUCGAACAGUGAAGAAAUCAGCUAUAGGAUUAAACCACAAGAUCAACAACACGAAAUUACGUUAUAUUGGUUUUUAUUGUGGUCAUCAUCUUGGUGGCGUGGACUGUGAAGAUAUGCAGGAGAAAAAAGCAAGCAAAACUGGCAAAGUUUACAUCCCUGCCGGACAUAACAUAUCAGGCGAGCUGCAGGGAACGGAGGCGAAGUCACAAUAAAAACUUGAGUUUAAAAUUGCUAAAAAUUGGCAUUAACAAAAUUUAAAAGGUAGAAAUCGCAUUUGUAGUCACGUGUUUCAAGUAGGUUAAUAGAACUGUGAUUGAUAAGUACGAUAUGAAUAAAUACAACUAAUCUAAAAUACUCAUUGCUCAUGCAAACCACGCAACAAGAAAAAUGUGUUUAUGUAGUAGAAACAUCUUUCUCUAGUAGGAAGCAUCCGUAUGUCAAAAAAAUUUCAACGUUUGGCCACAGUUUUCCUCUAGUUUUCCAAUUUUGCUCAAUAAAUUAAAUCAGAAUUCACAUUAUAAAUAAAUACACAUUGGUGCAUAUGUACAUGCUGACAACACUUGCUUGUAUGCAGGAUUUCGACUUCGACAGACAUAUUUCUCCAUAUCAUAUCAAGAGUGCAUAUAUUUACAUAUGUACAUACAUGUAUGUGUACAAGGGAUAUUUCGUAUUCAUUGGAGUAUAAAUUGUAAUAUGUAAGCAUAAUUAAGUACAUAUAAUGCAUAUGUACAUAUCUGGAACUUCAAUUCAUUUAGUAGAUGCGUACUUAGGAUCAGAAGUGUGAACUUGUAUUGCCUAUACGUUAUGUUAUGUACUUAUGUACAUGUGCAUGUGCAAACCUUCAUAUGAGCACCUCCUCGCUUAUUUUUUAUUAAGCGAUUAAGUUGAUACACACAGAUAGUUCAGUGUCCCUGGUAUAUGCAUGCAUUUACAAACAUAGUCCUUGACUCCAUAUGAUUCACUUGUCAAACUCUUCUACACAAAAAUAAUAAACCAGUUAUACAUCUCGAUUAUACCGAAAUAAUAAAUGAUAAUCCAUACAGGGCUUAAAAAAGGAAUAAAAUGGGAACACAACUCACGCCAAGAAUUCAAGCGUGGAAAGAUCGAGGGUACAGGGAAGACUUCCGAAACUAUAAUAUCCACUGUUUCUACCAAGAGGGGAAUGGAAAUGGACCGCUCCACGUAAUUUGUCAUGGAUACCCGACCUGUUCCUACGACUGGGUUAAAGUUAUUGACUUACUGCCCACCAAGGAGUUCUUGACCUUUGACUUUUUGGGGUUUGGCUUAUCGGACAAACCACCAAAUCACGACUAUACUCUGGCGUGGCAAGCAGACCUGGUGGAAGAACUGUUAAUACGCCAUGAGAAAAAAUAUGCAAAGAAAUAUACCAAGGGCAUGGAUGUCAUUCUCAUCGGUCACGACAUGGGAACUUCCGUCGUUUCGGAGUUACUAGCUCGAGAUCUGGAACAUUCUUUAAAUCCGAAAAUUAAACUCGUGGGAUCAUUCCUCUUCAACGGAAGCAUGUUUAUGGAACGUGCAAAUUUAAUCCUUGGGCAGAAAGUGCUCCGAAGUUUUGCAGGACCGUGGUUGGCGAGAUUUACUUUCUCCUCCCUUUUCCGGUGGCAGUUGGGCUCAGUUUUCUCCAGAAGCCUUCCAUUAUCCCAGGAAGAAGGCGAAGAUCAAUGGGCUCUCAUGAGCUUGCAAAACGGUCACAAAAUAAACGACAAGCUAAUCCGGUACACGUUUGAACGUGUUGAAAAAGCAGAACGUUGGUUGGGCGCAGUUAAAAACUGGGACAAACCGAUCGCCUACGCGUGGGGGAUGCAGGAUCCCGUCUGUGGGGCGUGGCAGUGGGAGGGAUGGCGCGAAUUGAGACCUAAUGCUGACAUCACUGAGAUGCAAGAUUUGGGACACUACCCACAAAUUGAAGACCCAGCAGCGUUCACUAAAGUUAUGCAAAGUAGUAUGGAAAAGAUCAUGCAAUAAUUUCAGGUACAAAUUUAAGUACACAACGAGAGGUGGUUCACCAUGACAACGUAUCUAUUUAAAUAUGUAACUAUUAUUCUUCAGUGUUCCAAAGAAAUUCUAAAAUAUAUUCAUUCCCUUUUUCAGAGGGAAAAAAAAUUGGUGCAUAACUCUACUGAAAUUAAUUUAAAUACAUAAAAAAUUAAGCAUUCUUUGCUUAUAGGUAUAUCAUCGCUAUCUUCCUGUAUGAAAUUUAGACAUUAUUUAAAUUUUAAAUUGUUGCGGACUUUUAAAUCCAUAAAUACAUUGCCUAACAUUUUUUAUGAGUC